AUAUGCAUCUUUGCUAUUUGGAAAUAAUAAAUGCACAAACUGUGGACUAAAUAAACAAUUUCUUUGAGUCAUCAUUUUUAGGAGAAUUUGUUUGCAAUUGAGAAAAACCAUAACCACUCUGAGUAACAAGAUUGAUAUAAAGAUAACAGUGCGACAGACGCAUUUGUUUCCAAACUUGCAAUUUAUUUUGUUUCCUGUAUACAGAGAGUUCACAUACUGGCAGACAAAACUCAUAAUUUAAAAGCUUUAAUUCACAACAGAUGUUAGAGAAACUUUUUUUUUUACUUACCAAGCAGAAACCUGCUCGGUAACUGUUACCACUUGGCAGUUAGAUAGUUCAUAUCAUUCCUUCUAGUCUUUCAUGAAUAAUACGCUAUUUCCGUUGAAAAAGCAGGACAAUGUCACACAUUUGUUGUCUUUCCCAGAAAUACGUCCUUUCCCCCCCUUUUUUUCCAUCAAUUUUCACAUUCUUUUACGUAUCUGUUUAUUUGACCCCAAAUUUGGCAUUGAUUUUAAUCUCUUUAUGAGACCCCAUGAGCAUAAGAUGGUUUUACUGUAAGUUACCUUUAGAGAAAAGCACAAUUGUCAUCAUGCCCCUGUGUUUUUCCCUAUGGAUCAAACACACGAUGGUUCUUGGACUCUCUGACCCUUUUUCACUUUUCAUUUUUGUUUCAGAGAAACGAAACAUGCUCUGCACACCAUCUCCCCUCCUUAACAUCUGUUUCUAAAAAUAACUCUUUUUAGGGGAAAGGGGCCUUUAAAGCAUUUUUCCAAGAAGAGCACUGACUUUAAGAAACAUGGACAUAACUGUGUUUGAGCGCGACAUCUAAAGUGCUGAGAAAAGGAGAUGCUGAUAAUGAACUCGUAUAUUUCACAUUAAACAGAAACUUUUGUGGAAAUCUGGCACCAAAAAUAAUGUAACUGUAAAUUGUAAUUUGAUGGAUGAAAGUGUAAUUGCUGAAAGCUGCUACAGACUGUCAGUCACACUAAAUACAUUCCAGCAUAAUUGCUACUUCGAAUAUUCUGCGAUCGCCACACUGCUUUAGUGGCUUUAAAGAUUAUAAUGUUCACAUAAACAUGAACCAAGGUGCAUUGAACAGCUUAUUCAAGUUGCAGUGUUUGGUUUUAUUUAUUAUUUUGGAUCUUACUGCUUAAUCACACAGUGAUCUGGUUACAUUCUAAGUCAUUUCUGAAGUUAUGAAGGAAAAUCCACUCUGUUGCCUCACUUUUCCAUUUAAAACGUGUGAUUUUAUUGUUUUCAGUUAUAUUCUUGCUUAUUGGUAAAUUCAAAAGUGGAAUUUCUCAUAUGAUGCAAUGUCAUAAAAUUACACUGUGUCAGUGCAGGAUAUGACAUAUGCAGUGAGUCAAGCAGUAAAAAGUUUCUUUGCACCUUGGACGCUGCGAUACCUUAAAGUCUGCAUAUAUGUAUGGAUAUACACAUGUUCGACAAAAAAAUGACGAAUGUCUCCAAGAGGUAAGAAAGUAAUAAAAUUACUUCAUUAUCACUCAAAGCAACUCAUAAACUUUUCUCUAAAUGAUGAAUGUGUCAUCAUCAACUUCUCCCUGUCUGAUGCAGUACCACCAGCAGAUUUGGGGGCAUGAUAUGGAGAGGUAACUGAGGGGGCGGAUGCGGGGGGAAUGGGGGGUCGGAGAGAGAGGUGAGUAAGAGAUGAGUCAACAGCUCUGCAAUAUAAGAUGCCCUGAUGGAGCCUGACAGUGGCAUACUCGCAGACACCAAACCGAGGUAAGGUCAACUCUCUGCUCCUCUUUGCACGGCUCAUUCACCUUUAUCUCACAGGGGCGAAUGUCUUUGUUUCUCAGUCUGUGUCAACUAUCAGACUUGUGGUUUCUCCAUUCAUGAGUGCAGCUUUCUGAUUAUAUUCAAUUUAAAAUUUGUAGUGAAGGAUGUCAGCGACAAAAGUUUUUAUAGAGAAAUUCUUGCUUAUUAGUUACAUGUGUUUUAACUGAAGUUAAAGUUUGAAGGGUGUAAAGGAAACUUGUACUUUCUUUUACUGUUCUCAGGGAAUUUUGGUAACAUUUUGGAAAACUGGAGAGAUUAAUUGCGGGAGCCAAAAUCAGUGAUCUUUGUACCUGUUAUACAGCCAGAAAUUCACAGGUGUCUCUAUCACAAAUAUUUGCACCAAAGAGGUUGAGUAAAUUACCGGCAGGAAGCAUGUGUACAAACAUCUGUAAUGUGAUUAAAUAUAGAUAGGAACUCAUCCAGUUUUUUUUUAGUGAGAUGAUAUAGUGAAAUUGAAAGAAAGAAAAGGAUUCUUUAUCUCUAAUCGUUUAAUUUUCCAUUCCUCUCCUAGGAACACCAUCUUCUUUCUUUGUUCUUUACAACAGUGGAAAUACACAACGCUAUGGACUACGGUCUGGUGCUCCUGUUUUCUCUGUUUCAAGCUUUAAGCAUGGGCACAGCAGCUCCUUUGCCAGUGGAAGUAGUGACGAUGAAAUCAAAAGUGAAGUGGAUGGCUGAACAGCUGCUGGUUAGGCUGGACAAAGACAUACAGGUCCCAGUUAACUGGACUCUCAACCCACCUACUGAUGAUUUGGAUGGAACUUCCUCCAUAGUGACGGUCUUGAAUGGUUACAACAGCCUGAUCUCGGACACCUUUAACGGGGUCUCCCAGAUCAAGUACGACAUCUCUUCACUGACAGGCUACAUUGAUCCGUGGAGGCAGAGGCACUGCAGCCAACAGCGACCAAAGCCUGAAGUACCAGGGCCACUGCAAGAGCUACAGAGCCACAAAGAAUUCAUUCACACCGUGGGCAUCGAGGCGCUCAUGAGAGUGAAGGAGUUUCUAAAUCGGCUGCUGAAGAACCUGGAUCAGCUGGAGACUUGCUGAAGGAUGUACAUCAGGACCAGUAUUUCCAAGCUAUCGCCCUGAUUGUUGGACAACAUUUGUAAAGUCUCCAUCAGCGAUGCCUGACUUAACAUUCUGAGUUGUCCACGUUGAAAACUUGAUAAUGUUUUGAACUGAAAUUCUUAUUGAACAGGCACUUAUUUAUAUACACUGUGUAUUUAUUUAUAUAUGGUAAUUAGAAGAUAUGUAUUUUGUAAAAUAAUGUGUUUUUUUUUACCACAGCAACACAAAUGUUUCAGGAGAAAUUUUAAAUGACACAAAAGUAAAUCAGCUGUUUACAAGGUUUGUACUAUGACACUGCUGUUGUGUCAACAAAGAGCUCUGAGUGAAGAAUGUGUUUCCCAUUAAGCCAGUCAUCAAGCUGACUCAGCAGUGUAGCAUUAAAACUGGAGGAUAUGUCAUCCUUGGAAAUUCCUGACAACCAUCCUGAAACUUGCCAAGAAAGCCGCAUGAUGUUUGCAUGAGAGCUGGAAGAAUUGGGGAGGAGAAACUUUACUUCAGUGCAAUAUCACAUCUUCCAAAAAUGUCUAUUUAUAUCCACGGAUGACACGUUAUUUUGCUGUGCAGCUGGCACUAUUUUUGUUGCAAUAAAAUAUCAAUACAUUUUUUAACAAA